AUGCGCUCUCCCCUCAUCUCGCGUCUGCCGUCUCAUCCUGCCCUUUCUCUCCUCUCUCUUCUCAAUCUCUCCCCCCCUUACGGAGUGCCCGCUAUCGAGGAGUCUGCGGUCGCGGUGUGGGAGGUAGACUACGUGGCCGCGAAAUACGGUAUGGCAGCUGCUCAAGCGCGCAUCAAGAAGCUCGAAGGCGAGGUCAUCGUGUAUGGACCAAGAGGCGCAAGUCGACGAACUGCAGACGCAAGUCGCGGGCUCGAGAAGGCGGCGGGGAUCGAGCAAGAGUCGCACAAGUUCGAGGGCGAAGCCAGCGAUAUCUAG